AUGGCCGUGGUCCCCAAGAGCAACAUGGGACCUACCAAGGCGGUUCCCACACCAUUCGGCUGCAUUGGCUGUAAGCUGCCAAAACCUGACUACCCACUAGCACUAAUCACCUUCAUGUUCUGCGCAAUGGUUAUCACUGUUGUCUUAGACCUGAUCGGCAACUCCAUGGUCCUUUUGGCUGUGACCAAGAACAAGAAGCUCCAAAAUUCUGGCAACAUCUUUGUGGCCAGCCUCUCCGUGGCAGACAUGCUGGUGGCCAUCUACCCCUACCCUAUGAUGCUGUAUGCCAUGUCAGUUGGGGGCUGGGAUCUGAGUCAGCUCCAGUGCCAGAUAGUCGGGUUGGUCUCAGGACUGAGUGUGGUUGGUUCCAUCUUCAACAUUACGGCCAUUGCCAUCAAUCGUUAUUGCUACAUCUGCCACAGCCUCCAAUAUAAGCGGAUCUUCAGCCUGCGCAACACUUACAUCUACCUGGUCAUUACCUGGGUCAUGACUGUCCUGGCUGUCCUGCCUAACAUGUACAUUGGCACCACUGAGUAUGAUCCUCACACUUACUCCUGUAUCUUCAACUAUGCGAACAACCCCGUCGUUACCAUGACCAUUGUCUGCAUCCACUUCAUCCUCCCUCUCAUCAUAGUCAGUUAUUGCUACACCAAAAUCUGGAUCAAAGUGCUGGCAGCCCAUGACCCAGCUGGACAGAAUCCUGAUAACCAGUUUGCUGAGGUUCGAAAUUUUCUAACCAUGUUUGUGAUCUUCCUCCUUUUUGCAGUGUGCUGGUGCCCUAUCAAUGUGCUCACUGUGUUGGUGGCUGUCAGUCCAAAAGAUAUGGCAGGCAAGAUCCCCAACUGGCUUUAUCUUGCAGCCUAUUACAUAGCCUACUUCAACAGCUGCCUCAAUGCUGUCAUCUAUGGUAUCCUCAAUGAGAGUUUCCGACGAGAAUAUUGGACCAUCUUUCAUGCUUUGCGGCACCCUAUCCUGUUCAUCUCUCACCUCAUCACUGACAUUCGGGAGACUCGGGAGACCCAAGCUCUCACUCGUGCCCAUGUCUGUGCCCAUGUCCGUGCCCAUGACCAAGCCCGAGAACAAGAGCGUGCCCGUACCCGUCUUGCUAUGGAAGGAACAUCACGGAAUGUCUGGAAUGUUCUAUUGCCUGGUGAUGCGGCAGCAGCCCACUCUGAUCGUGUCUCUGUCCAUUCCAAGCCCCAAACCAGGUGUACUUCUGCCUACCGCAAACCUGCCUCUAUCCAUCAUAAGUCUCUUUCUGGCCACCCCAAGUCUGCCUCUGUCUACCCUGUCCAUUUCAAGCCCGCCUUGGUCCAUCUCAAACCCACCUCUGUCCAUUUCAAGGGGGACUCUGUCCAUUUCAGGGCUGCUUCCAAGCUUGUUACUAGUCACUGUAUCUCUGCUGGCUCUUCCCCCAGCCAUCCUACAUCCACUGCUGGCUACAUUAAGCCUGCUACCAGCCACCCUGCAACCACCACUGUUGACUAUCUUGAACCUGCCACCACUAGCCAUUCUGUGCUCACUGCUGUUGAUCUCCCUGAGAUCUCAGCCUCCCAUUGCCUUGAGAUGACCACCACUGGCCACCUCAAACCUGCCUCCAGCCUUCCCAUUGUAUUCCCUGAGCUUGCUGCUACCUCUGCCACCCCUCCUGACCCCACAGUAAUCCCCAUUGCCAUUGAUGAUUACCGAAAGGUCCUGCUUAUUGAUGAUGAUUCUGAUGAUUCCGAUUGUUCUGAUGAGAUGGCUGUGUGA